AUGUCCUCGUCGUCUUUACCGCCUUCGCUCCUUCAGCGGAGACACAACACCAAUGGCGGCUUGUGCGGCAAAAGCGGCGGUUUCGUCGUCGGCUUCUUCGCCUUCAUCGCCGUUCUGUAUUACGUGAAUAACGCGUACCAGAUUCUCUUCAUGAACCAGCGCGCGCGUCUUGUGUUCCCGAGUAGAGUAGGGGAAAUAUUUUCGUCCGCUGCGCAAAAUACGACGACGAGCGUAAAAAAAUCUUCAUCUUUAUUAGCGAUGAAUGUGAACGAGGAUUACAAGAUGAAUCCGAAUGAUUUCGCGUGGGUGAAACGCUGCACGGAGGCGUUUUUACAGAGGGACGAGGACGGGGUGUCGUCGUCCGCGUCGUCGACGGAGAUGACGUGCGAACUCUUCUCGCGGACUGCCCGAGAAAAUAUCGGCGCGUUUAGUUCGAACAGAUAUUUUCACGCUGUCAGUUUUCUAGGAGGAGGAGACAGAGGGGCGAGAAAUCGACGAGUGCAAUUAAAAACAUUCAUGCCAAAGUACGUGUACAGAGACGCGAUGGCAAAAUACACGGAGAAGAACGUGAAAGAGAUAUCGAAGAUGAGCGCGAUCGCGAGACGAGGGAUCUUGAGCGAACGGAGAAGUUCUUUCUUGCGCAAGAGAAGCGCGGACGCGUCCGCCGAGAGGAGGAAGAAGGCGAAGAACGCGAGGCGGUUGAUAGUGUCUUCGGAGAAGAAAAGUGACGAUAAAAACAAGAAGAAUAAGAAAGAAAAACUUCGGAGAAUCAUUGGAACGCACCAUAAAACAGGGACGGCGUUGAUGCGCGACGUGUUUGAUUCGAUUUCCAGAGAGUUUGAGUAUAAUUUUUUCAACUUGAGGGUCUACGAAGAUUACCCCUACUUGCAGCCUGGCAAUUUAUCGUCUAUUAUCGACGAAGCGGAUGUGAUUUUGGACUAUCACUUUUCAAAGCCAAUUCCAUCGUAUUUCAUAAACGCGGAGGAUUGGUAUUCAAGCGAUCGUCGCGUGCGAAGGUUUAAUAAGCAGCAAAGAGAGUGCCAAUCGCUCGCUUCGUAUUACCGAGGCUCGUAUCGAAUCAUUCACCUGAUUAGAGACCCUCGGGACGCGCUCGUUUCCGGCGUACUGUAUCACAUGCAAAAUCCCGAGGACGAAUCGUGGUUGAGAGAAAUUCGCGUCGGCGACGAGCUUUUCAAUAGCACUUCGUCGUCGUCCUACGUGCAAUCGAUUCGUCGAUUGAAAAAUCCCGUAGACGCCCUCGCGGCUGAAUUGAAAAUUGCCGACGACGAGCUUCGGAUGCUCGGUUUAGCGGCGCAAGAUUGCGAAAUCGACAUUCGCGCGAUGAACGUUCGCUUAGAAUCAUUUUUCGACGAAUUAGACGAUAUUUUGCGCUUCUUAGAGUUUCCUGAAGAGGACAUCGAGGAGAUGGUGCGCGUCGCAAACUUGCACAACGCCAAGACGUGGGAGAAGAACGAGACCGAACAUCACGUACAUUUUACGAGUGAGAAUCCUGAUAGACACAAGUAUAUAGAAGCCAUGUACGAGGAAGGUUUCGUGAAUAAGACGGUGAGUUAUUUGCGGUACGCGUUAGGGUACACGAAUAACGCCUCGUCGGAUGCGUUUCCAACGUUUGCGAACGAGCGGUAA